AAAGUAAUCCCUAAAUUAAGAAGUCAUAAUAUUUUUUUUGUACAUUAAGAAGUCAUAAUAUUAUUAUUAGUGUGUGGCAGCGCUUUCUUGGUCUAAUUCUCUCCAUCUACGUCUCGGUUCUCCUGUUUCUCCUCUCAGUAACUCAGGUUCUUGUGUCAAACUUCAAAUGCAAAGUUGAUAGCUGUGAAUUGAAGUUGAAAAAUCAUGGGGAGUGAAGAAUCAAGAGACCCUUUUAAAGGGGUGGAUUGGAAAGCUGUUGGUACUGAUAUACAGAAGGACCCAGGUAGUAAACCAGUUAUAAAGAAGCGGCUCCCCAAAAAGAUGAGGCAAAUUCCAGAAUGUUAUUUUCUUCCUCGGAGAUCAUUACCUUCAGCCAUUGGCUUUUAUGGAGCUUGUAUUGCUGGAGGAAUUGGUGCUGGGAUGCUACUUGAGGUUUGGAUCAAUAAGAAAAUUGCAGAGGAUGGAGGUGUUAUAUGGGAGUUUGAUAAAUAGAUCUUAAGAGGAAAAUGCACUCAUGAUGGCGUUUAAAUCUUAUAGGGUGUUCCUCUUUAAACCAGAUAGAAGGAUUUCUCUCAUUCCUUUAAGAAGUUUUUUGAAGAGGCCUCGGCUAUAAACAUAGCUGAGACUGUUUUCUAAUGCAAGAGGUUUGGGUUACAACCAUCUUGUCUCCUUUUGUUUUUGGAGUCUUAACCUUGCAAAGCUUAACCAAGAUUAGUUUUUUUCUUUAUCUUGAAAUUGAUACAAAGGAUAAGGUUAACUAUGUUUUUGAGUUGCAAUAUGUCUGUUUUCUGAGAAGCUUACAAGAAAAACGCAGCUGACCACAUGGAAGGGACCAUUCCCCAUAUUAUGAGCAAAUGUGGUGGUUGCUACAAAAUUUGCUAUAAUAUCAAUAUUUACUUUUGUAUAACUGUUAUCUUUGAAAAUAGUAUCUAUUGUGAAAAAGAUUAAAGAGCAAAUAUGAUUUCAUUGAUGUAAA